UAGGUGGUGUGGUGUUUGGAGGCUUUGAGGAGUUGCUUUGUUUGGUGGAGAAUUUGGUCUCCAUACCUUCAUCUACAGCCGUCCUCCUACUUCACCUUACAAUCUUACAUUAAAACUAUAGCCAACCGAGCCCCAAAAGGCAAAAACCACCUGCCUCAAAUUGUCUAUUUCCUCGAUCACACACCAAAUUUACUUACAAAUAGCAAACCCACAGAAUCCAAAAUAAAAUUUGAACCAAAUUUCGUUCCUCUUCUGUCCAGCCGAAUGUAUGAGAGAUUACGUAUACUUAUAGCGGCAGUCAUCUUCUUUUUAUCAAAUCAUACCCAAAAUUUUCACCAAGCUUUUAAUUAAAAUAUCCGGCGUCAUUUCUGACCCUUUUCCUUGAAGGCGGCUCAUUUUUUUGGUGGGGGGUAGAAAAACUAUUAAUUAAAUAAGGUUAUAUGAAUGUAUAGAAAAAUAAAAGAAAAGAAAAGAAAUAGAGGAGAAGGCGACAGGUCAAAGGGGGUGAAGCCUAGCACGGGAAUCGCACGGGGCCAAAUCUAUAAAACGACGAAAGGGCAUUGGUGUUGAGGGAGGUUUUGGGGCAGUGAAGGGAGAAGGGUUGUCAUCAUAUGAGUUUGCAGUUGGAUUGUAUUUUGGGACAACGAUUUCUUCGAUAGUUCGUUUUUGGUUUUCUUAUUUUAUCAUAUUUGUCAGUUGAGAAUAGACAGUCUGGUGCAUCUCUGCGUUUUUUCUUACCUGCCUCGAUCAUUUUAUUCUCCGUCAACCCACAUUUGCAUCCCCUCUACCACCUCGGUUUCUCCGUUGCCGGAGGAUCUUCAUUUGCUUAUUUAUAUUUGCAUAAAGAAUGGUUGCCAUUGCAUUUCAUCAAACCGUUGGGACCCUGCAUUCUCAAGGAUAUCUCAAUAACUCUGGUUUUCACCAUGAGUUUGGGAAUGCUUCUGUGAAAUUGAUUCCAAGGGGUUCCAAAGUCAAUGUUGGAUUAUUGAAAAGAGGAAGUGGCAAUUCUGGCAAGAGAAGUUUUGCUGUAAUUCAAGCCUCAACUGCUCAUACAUCAGUAUCCGGUCCAGUGUCAUCACCGUCAAGUAACAGCACUAAUGGGUCACCAAAGAAAUCAAAUGAAACUGCUUUGAUCCUAAUCCGACACGGUGAGUCUUUAUGGAAUGAAAAGAACCUGUUCACUGGUUGUGUUGAUGUGCCCUUAACUAGGAAGGGUGUAGAAGAGGCACUUGAAGCUGGAAUGAGAAUCAGCAACAUUCCCAUUGACAUGAUCUAUACAUCUGCUUUAAUUCGCUCACAGAUGACUGCUAUGCUAGCCAUGACCCAGCACCGUCGCAAGAAGGUGCCAAUCAUUAUGCAUAAUGAGAGUGAACAGGCAAAAGCAUGGAGUCAAAUUUACAGUGAAGACACCAAAAGGCAAUCCAUACCAGUUAUAGCAGCUUGGCAAUUGAAUGAAAGAAUGUAUGGAGAAUUACAGGGUCUCAAUAAGCAGGAAACUGCAGAUAGAUAUGGAAAGGAGCAGGUUCAUGAGUGGCGUCGUAGUUAUGAUAUACCUCCACCCAAUGGCGAGAGUUUGGAAAUGUGCGCUGAAAGAGCUGUAGCUUAUUUUAGAGAACAUAUUGAACCCCAACUUCUGUCUGGAAAGCACAUAAUGAUUGCUGCCCAUGGGAAUUCACUGAGGUCCAUCAUUAUGUAUCUGGACAAAUUAACUUCUCAAGAGGUUAUUAGCUUAGAACUAUCAACAGGAAUUCCCAUGCUUUACAUAUUCAAAGAGGGAAAAUUUAUCAGGAGGGGAAGUCCUAUAGGACCUGCUGAAGCUGGGGUUUAUGCCUACACUAAGAGUUUGGCUCAAUACAGGCAGAAGUUGGAUGAUAUGUUGCAUUAAGAUUUUCAAGUACAGGGCCUUCAGUGCAUUGCAUUCACAAUCUUUCAUACUAUUAGUUUCAUAUUUAGGAGAACAAAGUAGCAGUUGUGCAAGAGCAAGUUGCUUGAACCAUACAAGGAGUUAGGCGGCUGUGUAAUGCGUCAAUGUAAUUUUUAUAUGGGUUGAUCAAGGCUAGUUGAAGUACCUGCCAUGUUUGAGGUUAGGCGUAUUAUAGAGAUGUGAAAAUCUGUAGACUGAAAUGAUGAAUGUUUUUUUCUUUGCA